AUGCGUCUUCUUCCUGAGCCAGCGGUCGCCCAGAUCCUGCGACAGUUGACCCCUGCACAAUGCCAUGACCUUCUUGGCGCUCUCUGUGAGGGUCUUACCACUGUAUCGUCAGAGUCCUCCACACCAAGCCACGAGCGACUUGUCCAUCAACCGCUCCGCAGCACCAUUGUCACCAGAGACCAGAACCUCUCUCUCUUCAUGCCCGUUUCCAACACUGUCCACACCGGCUUCAAAGUGGUAACCGCCUCCCAAGCAAACGGUAUCAUCGGCGUCAUCAACAUCUUCUCCCCGGAAGGUAAAUUGCAAGGACUCCUCAGUGCUGCAGAGAUCACAGCCUUCCGCACCGCCUUAGCGGUUAUGUCGCUGUUCCUUCGCUGCACAACCCUCAACAAAGAGCACAUCUUGAUCUUUGGCUCUGGACGCCAGGCAGAAUGGCAUGCGCGACUAGCCCUGCUUCUCGUUCCAGAUCAGAUCAAGAAGAUUACCUUUAUUAAUCGCGGUCGCCGGCGGCUGGACGAGCUGGAGAGAGAUGCGAUCGCUGAUCUACGGUCUGCUCAUCCCGACAAGACCUUCGCUACUUUGGUCAAGGAAGAUACUCCGAACUACGAGGAACAGUUACGGAGUGAACUGGCUGCUUGCGAUGUCAUCUUCAGCUGUACGCCGGCGACCGAGCCAAACUUUCCGUACACCUAUCUGCAGCCGUCCAAGCGGCGGUUUAUCUCUCUUAUCGGCUCGUACAAGCCGCAUAUGCGGGAGAUUGACACUGAGACGCUGCUGUCGGGCGGAGGAAAGGUGUAUGUGGACUCGAAGGAGGCGUGCUUGGAAGAGUCCGGGGAGUUGAUUCUGGCCGAGGCGCAAGAAGAUCAACUUAUUGAGAUUGGAGAGCUGUUCGGUCGGAUGCGAAAAGACGAGUCCAUUGAUGUGCCGGCAGGGUGUAAUGUGGUGUUCAAGUGCGUGGGGAUGGGGAUUAUGGAUUUGGUGGUCGGGAAUAAGCUGUUGGAAGUUGGUCGGGCCAGAAACAUUGGUAUGGAAGUGGAUGGGUUUUAA